GUGUAAUAGAAGUUGGAGGAUUAUGGGAUUACUAAUAACAAUUAAACAAAAAGGUAGGUCAAAGAAUAAGCAAGAUGAUCCUGCCUUCAAGCUUCAAAAGUAAAACUUGGUAAUCUUCUUCAAUAAUAAGAUGAAUUUUACUACGUAUAACUUAUAACUCAGACUCAUGAUCCUGCCUUCAAACUUGAAAUGAACUUAUUCAGGAGGCAAGCACGGCUGAACCGGAACCUUGAUUUAGCCUCCGUCGCUGCACCUGUUUCCAGUCGGACCAAGAGCUCUGCAAUCUGCCCGGCAAAAUUGGACAGCAAAUCAGAAUCAUCCUCCGUUCUGGCUGAGAAAACUCCCUCUACCCACUCCACUAAACUAUUCUCCCACCCCCUGUAGUUCAAAAAUGUAAAUUUACCGGCGGUUUAAGAACCAAAAGACAAAUGAACUAUCCUUUCAAAAUAUGCAGAUAAGUGUUCCCAAUUCACCAUCUUAUGAAACCAUUUAGUAUUAUGUUGAUAUAUAUUCAAAUCUCUAACGUUUCAGGUGCACGAUUGAUUGAUUAUACUCCGUACACAACAUUCCUGUUUAAUGUUUUAUGCUCUGAAUUGGCAGCUGAUAUAUCUUUGAGGGUUCUAGCUAGCCAGGGACAUGAAAUUCCUCUGAAAAUUAAAUAUUUCCUGCAGGAUCGGAGGAUCUUAGUUCUCAGUUUCUUCCAUGGAAGUAAAACAUUUGAGGCCAGGCCACUGCUUUACCUCAGCAUAAACUUGAGGGUUAUUUUGCUUUUCACGGAAGAGUAAAAUUUGGUCAUAAGUUUCACUCUUAGCUUGUACGUUAGACAAUAGAUGCUUCUCACGUUAAGAUACAUCAUUCUAUUAUUGAACAAACGUUUAAAUAAAAAACAUACUCCACUAGCUGGCCUAAAGCACUGGCCUUUAUGUAUAAAUAGCUCAUUCUCUGAGUUAUUAGUCAUUAAAUUCAAGAAAAGUUAGCUUAUUAGUUCUUUACAUCCAUGAAGAGUAGUGGUACUGUAAUACACAUGGUUUAUCACAUUUGUUCUGUUUUUGUAGUUUGUUUGGUGUUGGGCGGCUUCUGUUCAACGGGCGGUAGCGUCCAGCAACAGAUUAGUGAUGAUGGUGUGGAUAUUUACAUUGUUCAUGUAAGUCCACUCACCAACACCAAUGGGUUGGAAUUGUCACAAGAUCAUUAUGCUGCUACCUAUCAUUACCAUCAAUCAUUUGUGUCAGGUCUCAUCAGCAGUGCCACUGCUGUUGGAGUAGAGUCAUCGUCGUCUCCAAUAAUACUACACUCAUAUCGGCAUGUGAUUUCGGGAUUUGCAGCAAAGCUGACGCCCGAGAUGGUGAGUGAAAUGAGCCGCAAGGAAGGGUUUAUAUCGGCCAGUCCCCAGAAAGUGUACCAUUUGCAGACAACCCAUUCUCCUGACUUCUUGGGGCUCCUCCGGCAAGACGUUGAUGGGUUUUGGCAAAAGUCAAGCGGUUAUGGGAAGGGUGUGAUAGUCGGGCUUUUGGACACUGGGAUCACCCCAAACCACCCGUCGUUUUCCGAUGAAGGCAUCUCACCUCCCCCUCCAAAGUGGAAGGGGACUUGUGAUUCUGACGUAAAGGCAUCUUGCAACAACAAACUCAUAGGUGCAAGAAGUUUCAUCGACGGAUCUUCAUCAUUAGAUGAAGAAGGGCAUGGCACACACACCUCCGGAACGGUUGCUGGAAACUUUGUGAAGGAUGCGUCCGUGUUUGGAAACGCUAAUGGCACGGCUUCUGGAAUGGCACCACUGGCUCACGUGGCUAUGUACACGGUCUGUGACAUGUUUGGAUGUGUCUCUUCUGCCAUAUUGGCUGGAAUGGAUGCAGCCAUAGAGGAUGGCGUUGACGUCCUCUCUGUUUCCCUAGGAGGUGCCUCUCUGGCUUUUUUUGACGAUGUCAUCGCCAUGGGUACCUUUGCUGCUAUGAGGAAAGGCAUUUUUGUAAGUUGUGCAGCCGGCAAUUCUGGCCCCGAUCAACAAACAUUGUCGAAUGAGGCUCCCUGGCUUCUUACAGUCGGGGCUAGCACAAUCGAUAGACGCAUCAUGGCAACACUCAUUCUUGGGAACAAGGUCGAACUGGAGGGCGAAUCAGUUAACCAGGCUGAGGUCUUACCUCUCAUGCCUUCACUGCCUCUGGUAUACCCAAAAAAUGAUGAAACCUUCUGUGAGUCAUUGGAUGGAACAGAUGUGAAAGGAAAAGUGGUGGUGUGUGAGAGAGGAGGCGAGGUGAGUCGAGUUGGUAAGGGGGGAGUAGUGAAGGCUGCCGGUGGGGCCGCCAUGGUUUUAGUGAAUGAUAAAACCAAUGGUGACUCAAUAUUAGCUGAUCCUCAUGUGCUUCCAGCUACUGAGUUGAGUUACAAUGAUGGGUUGAAGGUCAAAGCCUAUGUAAAUUCCACCUCAUCACCUACUGCCACUAUUGCAUUUAAAGGCACUGUUAUAGGGGAGAAAAAUGCACCAGCAGUUGCAUCUUUUUCUUCCCGAGGGCCUAACCAGGCUAGCCCAGGAAUUCUCAAGCCAGACAUUAUUGGACCCGGGGUCAACAUUCUUGCUGCAUGGCCCGAUUCGGUAGAUAAUGAGAUUAUUAAGAAGACAAUGAGUAAUUCAAACCCACCAAAGUUUAACAUGAUUUCUGGCACCUCAAUGGCAUGUCCUCACCUUAGUGGCAUUGCAGCCUUGCUGAAGAGCGCACACCCCACUUGGUCUCCCGCUGCCAUCAAAUCUGCUAUCAUGACUACGGCAUAUCAGAACAACCUCAACGGCGACAAGAUCAAUGACGAAAUGUCAAAUCCUGCUGAUUUCUUCGCCACAGGUGCAGGUCAUGUGAACCCGGGAAGAGCAAAUGAUCCCGGGCUUGUCUAUGACUUGCAACCAGAUGAUUAUAUCCCUUACCUAUGCGGUCUCAAUUACACGGAUCAACAGGUUCAAAUGAUUGUGCAGCAGAAAGUUAACUGUUCCAAUGUUACCAGAAUACCCGAGGCCCAAUUAAAUUACCCAUCUUUCGCUAUCCAACUCGGAACAAAAACUCAGUUAACAUAUUCGAGGACGGUUACUAACGUUGGAGAUGCAAAUUCCACGUAUGUCGUUAAUAUCACUACCACCCCGGGCGUUGAUGUUGAGGUAACGCCAAAAAGUCUGAUCUUCCGUGAGGUGAACCAGAAACUGUCUUAUAAUAUUACCUUCACCCGAACUUCUAAUAAAGGUUUUAGUAAUGGUGAUAGUAAGACGGUUCAAGGGGCAAUAUCUUGGGUCUCUAGUAAGAACAUUGUGAGAAGUCCAAUUGUUGUUGCACCAUUGGGAUUAAGGAGUAUCAUCAUUGAUGAAAAAGUGGGGGUAGAUGCAGAAUGAUUGAUUACCCUUGACAAACUGCCUUUGCUAGAUAAGUCUAGGCAAAAGUGUGUGCUUGGUUAUUCUUCUGAAAGUUUCAGUCUGAAACCAUUGCACGAGGUUGCGUACGCCGUAGUUGGAGAUUUGCAUUUGUUACCAUGUAUUUCACACGAGUCAUGACAAUAAAAGUUAAAAAAUUAAAACUUAAGGGUGUUUGGCAAACGACCUAUUAGUCAUCUUUUUUGUUUUGUUUUGUUUUUGUUUUUAUAUGGUUUCUACAUGGUCAAACAACUAUUUCUUCUGUUAUAAAUAACAUUUUGAAGUAAUUUUUGCGUGUCAAGCAAAAAAAGAGAAAAACUACAUCGACACCUUUAUUUCCAUUGCAACUUCACCGCAAAAGUCUGGGAGGACAUAAGAAAGUGGCUGAACAUCAAACGAAGCAUGUCUACACUCUCUUGCUCGAUGAAGUCGAUUGGGAAAGAGUAUGCAGGUAACCAGAUGAAGAGAAAAGCUGUCCAGAUUGCUCUAUGCAGCUCACUCUACAUCAUUUAUCCAGUGAGUAUAAUCAUGCAUUAGACUUUAGACUUGUACCAUUGUAAACUCUUAUUUAUGUGCUUCAGGUUAUUGAGUUUAGUUCGCCCAAUAUGAGGGAAUGACUUCUUUUUGUUUGGUAAUACCAGUAUAGUAGGGCUGUUUGAUGGGACUUUUAGCUAGAUUGGAUAACAUUAGAGAGAAUGCUCUCUAAAUGUUUGUAUGUUUCUCAGGGGUAUGCCCUGGUGCACUUGUAAAUCAAUUUUGGGCUUUAAUACAUUGACAUUUUAACCUUGAAAAACUAUUUGAGUAUCUUUUCAUAGCGACUUUCUAAGUAUAUCAAUUUUGUGACCUAUUCCAUAAGUAUUUAAAAACAAUACUCCCUCUAUCCCGAAAUGAAGUUCCCGGUUUGACCUACACACAUUUUUAUGUAAGGUAAAGUUUUGUUUUGACUUUCUAAGUAUACCCUUACUUUAUGUCAAAUCAAGCAAAAAGUGGAUAAAAAUUAAGAGUAGUUGUGACUUUUGGGUUAAAAGUGAUUUUCUUAUAUAGAAAUAAGAACUUCUUUUUGGGGCUUCUAUAAAAGGAAAGUGAGAAAUUCUUUUCGGGAUUUAGGUAGUAUAUGAAGUAGUAAAUAUAAAUAAAAACAAAAAUUGUG